AUGGCGUCUCCUCCAGAUACAAGCAAGACCAUAAAGCUGGAGCGCUACAACACCUACCUCCGCAGAGUCAACAGCACCAAGCUCCUCAAUGCCUCCUCCAAGCUCCUCUUCCGAGCCACCCUCCUCGUCGCCCUCGUCCUCAUCUUCUUCUUCACCAUCAAUUACCCUCCCCUCUCAGAACAUAUGGGCGGUGGGGCCCACCACGUCCACACCACCCAUAAUUUCCUCUCCUCUGCUUUUUACGGCGGAGGAGUGGGCGGGACCGCCUGGGAGAAGCAGGUGCGUCAUUCGUCCACUCCCAAGCGCCCCAACGGUAUGUCUGUUCUGGUAACAGGUGCUGCCGGGUUUGUCGGGACCCACUGCUCUCUCGCCCUGAAGAAGCGGGGAGACGGAGUUCUGGGCCUCGACAACUUCAACUCCUACUACGACCCGUCGUUGAAGCGGGCCCGGCAGGCCCUGCUGAAGAGGCACGAGGUUUUCGUCGUGGAGGGGGACCUAAACGACGAGCCGCUGCUGACGAAGCUCUUUGAUGUCGUCCCUUUCACUCACAUCCUACACUUGGCCGCGCAAGCGGGCGUACGGUACGCUAUGCAGAACCCGCAGUCUUACGUGAGCUCCAACAUUGCCGGAUUCGUAAACCUUCUGGAAGUUGCGAAGAGAGCAAAUCCUCAGCCGUCGAUUGUCUGGGCGUCGUCCAGCUCGGUUUACGGACUCAACACAGAAAAUCCAUUUUCGGAGCUCCACAGAACAGACCAACCGGCCAGCCUGUACGCCGCGACAAAAAAAGCCGGUGAGGAAAUUGCCCACACUUACAACCAUAUUUACGGCCUCGCCCUAACCGGGUUGCGGUUCUUCACCGUAUACGGUCCAUGGGGCCGACCCGACAUGGCCUACUUCUUUUUCACCAAGGACAUACUGCAAGGCAAGCCAAUCGACGUGUACAAAACAGUGGACGACAAGGAAGUGGCACGUGAUUUCACUUACAUAGACGACGUCGUAAAGGGGUGCCUAGGGGCACUGGACACAGCGGAAAAAAGCACGGGCAGCGGGGGCAAAAAGAAAGGGCCUGCCCAGCUGAGAAUUUACAAUUUGGGCAACACGUCUCCAGUGCCCGUGGGGAAAUUGGUUUCAAUUUUGGAGGGCCUUUUGGGUACAAAAGCUAAGAAGCACGUGAUCAAGAUGCCUAGAAAUGGGGACGUUCCCUACACUCACGCCAAUGUGAGCCUGGCUUACAAGGACUUCGGGUACAAGCCCACCACGGAUUUGGCCUCCGGGUUGAGAAAGUUCGUCAAGUGGUACGUGAGUUAUUACGGGAUUGAGACGAGGGUAAAAAGGGAAAUGGAUAUUAACAAGAAAAGCAGUCAGCAAACCGAAGAAUCCGGUUGA